AAUUCUAUAAUUUCACGAUAAAUAAAAUGACAACCAAAAAGGUUGAAAGACUCUGAUUGGUUUAGAUGCAUAUAAUCUAUAUAAAUAUGACCACCCACACGUUCGUUUGCAUCACAAAUCUUUAAAGUGUUGUCAUUAAGCAAAGAGGGUAAUGGCGGAGUCAAAGAGCUCCAAGAGGAUGGUGAAGCAGACGAUGGGCAAGAAGAAGAACAACAAAAAGGGUCAUGAGUCUGGAUCCGGAUCCGGUUUGCUUCGAAUGAAGGUGAGGAAGCUCCAAAUACUGAUACCAGGUGGGAAAAGAUGCAACCACCCGAAUCUACUUUUAUUGAAAACCGUUGACUAUAUUGUCAACUUGAAGUUGAAGCUUAGGCUCCUUAAAGCAUUAUCCAACUCUUUUUGAAGAUUACAACUAUGGUAUUUCAAGUUUAUUUUCCGUGUAUGGAUUGUCAUUUGGAGUUUGCUUUAUGCCGUAUAUUUUACUUUAUUUUAUAUAGUUUGUUUAUAUUUAUGUAACAGU